UCGGUCCCGCAGGCCGGGCGCUCCUCCGGGGUCCCUGCCGAGUGUCCUCCGGGGGCACCCGGGGACGGCUGAGGGGCGGCGGCCCGGAGCUGGCAGGGCUGAGGCGUCCCGCAGGCCACGUGUCCCCGCGGUAGCGGCGGGCGGGCGCGGGAGCCACGUGGCCUCUGGGCCGGGGUCCGGGCCCCCUCGAGGCCUGUGUGAAUGCGGCCGCGACGCCCUGACCGAACCUGCCGCCCGCAGGACCAUGGCCCACGCGGAGCGCACCUUCAUCGCCAUCAAGCCCGACGGCGUGCAGCGGGGCCUGGUGGGCGAGAUCAUCAAACGCUUCGAGCAGAAGGGAUUCCGCCUUGUGGCCAUGAAGUUCCUUCAGGCCUCUGAGGAACUCCUGAAGCAGCACUACAUUGACCUGAAAGACCGCCCAUUCUUCCCAGGGCUGGUGAAGUACAUGAGCUCAGGGCCGGUUGUGGCCAUGGUCUGGGAGGGCCUGAAUGUAGUGAAGACAGGGAGAGUGAUGCUUGGGGAGACCAACCCAGUGGAUUCUAAGCCGGGCACCAUUCGUGGCGACUUCUGCAUUCAAGUUGGCAGGAACAUCAUUCAUGGCAGUGAUUCAGUAAAAAGUGCUGAGAAAGAAAUCAGCCUGUGGUUUAAGCCUGAAGAAUUGGUUGAGUACAAGUCUUGUGCUUUUGACUGGAUUUAUGAAUAAGAGGUGGACGGAGCAUCAGUCCCUCUGGCACCACCUGAUGUGUCCCUAGGCACAGCUCUUCAUUCCACUAACGUGGAAGCAGUAGGAUGGAUGUUUCUUUCCUAAAGUAUAUCUACCAAUAAAGCCUUUGAAAACGGG